AUGACAAAGCGCAAGGUGUAUUUGGACAUGGAGGACUUUCAUAAAGCGUUGAGAUUGUUGGAUGCCAAACUCGGCACAGAUCCCAUGAUCAUGGCCUUCGCUCCCAUCCGGAUGAUCGUGGCAGGGGGCUUUUUCUCUGUGAUGUACCUGAAGAACAGAAAGACAACUACGGACAUGGACUUCCUGCUUGACCCGGAGUGGGCCAACGAUGAGGAUAUCAAGGUUCCGUUGCAAAAGUCCAUCCGGGAAGUCGCCAAUGAGGCUCACUACAUGGAGGACUGGGCCAACGAAGAUGUGGGAGUGUUCGUUACAGAGAAGACGCGGAAGAUCCUGAUGGAGGACGCCAUCAAGCAAAAUAUUGUCCUCUGGGCCAGUGGCACCCUGCUCGUAUUUGCAGCACCUGUGGAAUGGGCGCUGGAGCGGAAGUUGCGCCGCAUCUACUGUGCGGAGAGGGGGCGCAAAGCGGAGCUUGAUCUGGCCGAUGCCGUUGCAAUGCUCAAGUUCAUGAAAGAGAGGAAGGGGGGUAAGCUGGAUAAGGAGUACUGUCGCACACUGAACAAGAAUGGCUUUGACGUCAUGCCAGACGUCGAGACCAUGAACUGUGUGGCUGCUGCUUACAAGGCAACCUAUGGCGAGGAUGUGUUUCUUUGA